CUGGAAACACCAGUGGAAAAACCAGUGGAAAAACCAGUGCAAAAACCAGUGGAAAAACUGGAGUUAGCCACUACCAACUGCCAGAACCCCAGGAGAUAUCUGCAGCUCUUAGAGCCGGGUUGUGAGGACAACUAUGGGAUGAACUAUAAUGGAUGGCACCGUAAAGAGCAAAAAGAAGUGGCCAUUACCAUCGUUAAGGAUAUUGAGGUAACAUGUCUUGAUACGAUUACUAGAAUCAGAUACUAAUAAGCCUUUAGUUACACAUAUAUUAUGAUUGUUAAAUAGAAGGAGAACUUGCUGACCAAAUAUUGGCAUGUUCUCAUUUCUGCACCAGUCAGUGUAAUAUCCCGACCCCUAUUAAUUAUGUCAUUAUAAAAAUAAGUCAACAAGUACUGUAUGAGAUUUAAGAAGUAAAAGAAUAGAGUCAAUCAUAUUAUACAAGUCUUAUGUAGGGGACAAGCUUUUAUUUGUCAGAAUUACAAGUUAGGUUGGGGUAUUUGAAAUGGUCAUUUUAUCCAUUGUAUUAACUUUACUUCUUUUGAUUGAAACUAGAACAAAAAAGGAAUCCAGCGAGAAGUUGACAUCCUAGAAGCAGUUAAGGGCCACAAAAAUGUGAUCGGCUUUUACGGGGCAUUUUACCACCCUGCCUCUGUGAAGAUGCCGGAACGUGAAGGACUGUGGAUUUCUAUGGAGCGUUGGUCUGGUGUAUCCGUGCAAGAACUCAUCAACACCAGACGCUCCCUGUCAGAGGACUGGAUUGCCUAUAUCUGCAGGGAGGUGUUACAGGGCCUGUGUCAUCUGCAUAAACAGGAGGUCAUCCAUCACGACCUGAGGCCCCAGAAUAUAAUAGUGACAUCAUCCGCUGAUGUAAAGAUCACCGACUUCAGCUCUGCCACCAUGGAGACAAGCAGUGUUAGUACUUCUGGGACUAUACCAUACAUGGCCCCAGAAGUACUCAGCAACAUUAGCACCAAGACCAUCCGCUACAACUCUAAGGCUGAUAUCUGGUCAUUGGGAAUAUCAGCGCUGGAAAUGGCAGAAGGAUAUUAUCCAUUCAGCAGACUUCCCGAAAAUAAGCUGAUGAAGAGGGUUAUGCACGGUCCCGCACCAACAUUACUAUGGGACAAAUGGAGUGACAACUUUCGUGCAUUCAUCAGCAAAAUCCUCCAAAAGAAUGCAGCGUGGAGACCCUCCGCAGAGCAGCUACUGUCACACCCCUUCAUAUCAAAUAUCCCAAAUGAGAGGGGUGUGACUGAUUCCAUCAAGUGGUACCUGCAUUAAGGUAAGGGAACUGCUCAUUCUCAUUAUAAUUCACUUGAUGUAUAGACUAUAUCCAUCUACUGCUCUUAUUCAUACAAUAUUCUCUGCCUUUCCUACAUAUACUAUAAUUCUCUAACUAAAGCCGCCCAUAAUAAAGGCUGAGAUUGUAUAAGGCCAGAGGUCAGUGAAUUAGGCCGAAUCUAUGAGAGAAACAAACAUGAUGAGAUGGGAGAAAAUGUUAUUAUCAAAUAGUUGUAGUUGACCUUUAAAUUAGCAAAGGGGAUGGGAUAUAAAACAUGCAGCACAUAUAAAGCAGAGACAAAAUGGCAGAAUUAUUAUACAAACAGCUUCUCCAUGACUAACACUGAUCAAUCUUUCUUUAGGAAUAAAGAACUGAAGAAAUAGCAGCCAUCGGGGGAGGGACGGGGGCACAAUUGUGGGGCCCUAAUGUCAUCUUUGGGCCCCACAGAAAAACAUGGUCCCGAUGGCGGCUUUAGAAGAUUAACAACAUCAGCUUUAGAAGAUUAACAUCAAUUUGAUAUUUUACCAUAUUCAAUAAACAUCUUGAAAUUACAUUGACCUCUAGUGUGUUUAUUUAAUAGGGAGACAUCCCUAAUAACCUCCAAGCCCACUGUUGGCUCAUAUUCAUCUUCCUUUUAAUAUUAGUUCUAAUGACCUGGACAC